GUAUAAAAUAAAAUUAAUUUUUUUUAUCAGAUUUACGUUUUGCGACAACACUCUUACAAGCUCACAUAAAAAGUAUAUCUGACCAGCAAAAAAACACUGUGCAGAGUAAUAUUACUCUUCACUCUUAUCCAAGCCAUUUCUCUAAUGAAUUACAACCUUUACAAGUACUGAAUCACAAUGAUGAAUCGUGUACCAUUUUGGUCACACCUGAAGAACAUCAAAGAGCUCUCACAGAUUUAUCGUUUGCCACUGAACUUGUUAAUAAACAUAAGACACAGUUUAUGGUAUCAUCAACAGUUCAAGGAAAUGGCCAAGAAGUUUUGCAGGAUGACGAAUCCGAAAGUAUGGAUGUUAUAGAAGAGGAAUUCGCUGAUCCAACUAUUGGUUCCAAAACAAAAGACCGUACCUUGUGGUCUGACGCACAAGUAACUCUUCUUUUAUCUCUGUAUGGUGAUAAUCAAGAACUAUUAGACAGUAAUGCUAUGACUUACAGACAAUUUUAUAAAAUUCUUUCUCAAGGACUUUUGGAAAAAGGUUACAAAUUCUCUUCUAUUCAGUGCCAGUACAAAAUUGAUAAUUUAAAAAAAAAGUAUAAAGAGGUCAAGGAUCACAAUGCCAAAUCUGGGAAUAAUCGAAAAGAUUUUGCAUUUUUUAUGAAAAUGGACGAUUUGUUUUCAAAAAAACCGUGGGUUACUCCCAUUUCUGUAGCUGGAUCGGAUUUACCAUUGAUGAUAAGUGAAAAAGAAAAUUCGAUGGGCAAAUGUUCUUCAAACUUUAAAAAUCAGAAGGCGAGUAUUGAUGCACUGAAGAAGGAAUAUCUGCAAAGUGCCAUUGAUGAAAGGAUCCUUCGAAGAAAGGAAAAUUCUGCAUAUCGACAAAAAAAACUACAGGUCCUUGAAACCUUAGCAACAGCACUAACCCAAAAAUGUGAUUCUUGCGAUAGGGUCUAACAGUUCGCAUUUUUACGUAUUUUUUAAGCGUACAUUUUUUUAAUACUACUUUUUAUGCUUAAGUUUGCUUCAUAGUAAUUUAGUAUUAUUACUUACAAACUGGGGUAUUAUUAAUCUUCUUAUUGGCCAUUUCCUAAUACUCAGCUUUUAUUAAUCUCAAAACAUAACAAUUUACUUUUAAACUAAUAAGCUGAUAGCUUUACUAAAAAAGUUAAUGUGUUCAUCGUAGAAUGUAGGUUUAUAAAAUGUUUUGUAAUAUUUAGAGUUGUUUAAUUUAUAGCUUUGUUUCGUUACAUUGAAAUUUUAUAUUUGUAUGUAAGUAAUGUAUGAACUUAAAUUUAGAAUUAGAGUAAUUAAAAGCAUUUUGUGAUACAUACAUUAUAGAUAUCAUAUUAUGGACCAAUUACAUACAUAAUGCUCUCGUAUAUUUUUGUGAUUUUCAUAUAUAUAUACAGGAAUUAAAAUUAAAAUUGAUGUAUUACCUCUAGAGUUACUAAAAAAAUAUAUUCACAUAACAUGCGAAGGUAAAUGUGUUAUAUAAAUUACUGCAA